UCCUGUGCACAAGGACCUUCAUUUGUAAGGAACAUACUCAUCCCAUCAGGACAGCUCCAGCCAUGUUUGUCACUUGGUGCAUGGCCUUGGGCAGCUCACUUGAUUUUUCUGACUCUCCAUUUCCUCAUAAUUGAUACGAUAAGAGUACAAAGGACAUGGUACCGAGCUACAGGAGCUCAGGACUGCCCAGACUAGAGUGGGCAAAGAGCCAGAAGCCAGAAGGCCUAGGAGAUAACCUUGCCUAAUAUGUGGUCCAUAACAGCAUUCUUCAGCCUUGUUACAGGGUCCUUCCACAGAGGUGGUAUUGAAUGAGUGACAAGACUGUUUCCAGAAUUCAGACUUACACAGAGCCCCAAUAUUGGCCUCUAGCAAGGCCCAAGGGGAAAAAAAAGAAAAACCCCAGGCACUCAGCAGGAAGCAAAGUUUUAAAAAAGAGCAUGUGACCUCUCUGGGGAGCCCACUGGGGACCUGCCACCCACACAUGGCUGGGGCAGUUCAGGGGUGUGGACUCCUGUGGGCUGCUGUCUGAUGCGAGGUGCGUGCUUGGGGCCAGUGCUCUCCCAACAGUGAGGAGUGGUCAGAGAAGGCCUCCGGGAGGAAGAGGUGACCCACCACUGAGCAGCACAGAGGUGAGAGGCUGAUCUUUCUGUGGGGAAGUGACUUGGGAAGUUGAAGUCAGAACACAGACCUCUGGGUGCUGGGCAGAAGAGCCCAGGCUGGACCCAUAAAAGGCAGAAGCGGGGUUGGUAAAGUCCUGGUGGGCCCAGGUGGAACAGGGCCUACGAAUGUGGAGAGGAGCAAGUGAACCUUAGAACUAUUUCAUACGGAGGCAGAGGACCCGUGGUUGCCUAGCAUGCACAAGGCCCUGGGUUUGAUCCACAAAAAAAAAAAAAGAGAAAAGAAAAAAAGGCAGACCUAAUGGUACAAACCAGGACUUGGAGUGGGAGAGCCAGGAGUUUGCCAGACUGGUAAGAGGAGGGUCUGGGGUGGGGGCAGGGUGGCACAGCUCCCUUCCCUUCCACAAGGUACACAGCUGCCUGGGCUUGGGGGAGGGCUUGGAGCUCAUGACUCAGGGCAGCCAGCCUGUGGUCAGACGCUCACAUCCAGCUGACUCAAACUGUGGCCCAAGGGUCCGUUGCCCUCCAGUGGCCUGAGGUUCUUGCCAGGCAGGUGUAGGCACCUUGGGCUGACCAGAACCCCAAGGAAGAAAUGUGUGCAGCUCUCCAAUUCCUUCUCUGAACACUGGGCUCCCCUCCCCCUGCAGCUGCCUUUCUGGAUGAAGGGAGGGGGAAGUGGCCAGAAGGGGAAGUUUGAGGAGUUCCUGCCCAGCCUGUCACCAGUCUCCUCAGGUCUUCAGAACAGCCGUGACCAUGGAGUCUGUGGAGACCCCCGUCAAGGAUGGCAUCCUCUACCAGCAGCACAUCAAGUUUGGCAAGAAGUCCUGGCGGAAGGUGUGGGCUCUGCUAUAUGCAGGAGGCCCAUCAGGUGUGGCACGGCUGGAGAGCUGGGACAUUCGAGAUGGCGGCCUAGGGCCAGCAAAUGACAGAGCUACCGGGCCUGGCCGUCGGGGGGAACGGCGAGUCAUCCGCCUGGCCGACUGUGUGUCCGUGCUGCCGGCGGAUGGUGAGAGCUGCCCCCGGGAUACAGGUGCUUUCCUGCUCACCACCACAGAGCGAAGCCACCUGCUGGCUGCACAGCACCGUCAGUCAUGGAUGGGUCCCAUCUGCCAGCUGGCAUUCCCGGGCACAGGGGAGUUUUCCUCGGGGCCAGCUGAGGCUCAGUCUCCCAAGAGGAGCCUUGUUCCCAUGGAGGACAACUCCAUCUACUCAUCCUGGCAGGAAGUGGGCGAGUUUCAGGUGGUGGUGCAGAGAACCAAGGCUGCCACCCGCUGCCAACUGAAGGGGCCCUACCUUCUGGUGCUGAGCCAAGAUGGCAUCCAGCUGAGGGAGACUUCCAGCCCCCAGACCCUCUACAGCUGGCCCUACCAUUUCCUGCGCAAGUUUGGCUCUGACAAGGGCGUGUUCUCCUUUGAGGCUGGUCGUCGCUGUGACUCAGGUGAAGGCCUCUUUGCCUUCAGCAGCUCACGUGCCCCUGACAUGUGUGGGGCCGUGGCUGCUGCCAUUGCCCGCCAGCGGGAGCGACUAAAAGAGUUGGCUAUGCCCCAGCCCUGUCUUCUGUCCCGGGCUACCUCCCUGCCCUCCCUGGAGCCCCCCGGAGAGCUUCGGGAGGUGGCACCAGGGUCUGAACCACCCACCUCCAGGAGGGCACAGAAGGAUGAACCUGGACCCCAGAGCCUGCCACUGCUGCUGGGCCCCACAGGUGAAGAGCCAGCAUCUGAUCUCUAUGCCUCAGUGUGCAAGCGGACCAGCGGGCCCCCAGCCACUGCUGAGCACCUAUAUGAGAACCUGUGUGUGCUGGAGCCUAGCUCUGGGCUGCCCAAUGGGGCCCCUAGAUCUCAAGAGGGCCCCCAUGGUGGUCGCAGUCCUUUGGCCAGUCCCAUCUACCACAACAAUGAGGACCUGAGCUGGCCCAGCCCGGCCCAGGACAGCAGCCUGGAGGCCCAGUACCGGAGACUGCUGGAAUUGGAGUUGGACGACGCAGGUGGCACCAGCCGAUCCAGCACUCAAGCAGGCUUCAAAGCCAAGCUGGUGACACUUCUGAGUCGUGAACGGAAGAAGGGCCCUGUUCCCUGUGACCGGCCCUGAAAGACUGUGCACUUGCAGCAGAAGGACAGAGGUGUUCUCCUUGAGAUGGGAGGAUGAACACCUGUGACACACACCCUGUCUACUCUGGCCUGCCCUCCCCACAGUGUACAGUGUACAGUUUUCCCAAUAAAAAAGCCUGCCAGCCCCUCUCGGUUGUGCCUGUGAGGGUUGCACUGCCUGACUUUAGCUCCUAGAAGCAAGACUUGUGGGUCCCCAUGGGCACAUGCCCCCUCACAUUGAUUGUAGCAAACACCAGUGCCCGGUACUGGGCGCUAGGGACAUGGAUGACAUGGGCCUGACUGACUUCAGCCACCUGUGGGCUCAAAUCCACUUGAGCAGAUGGACAGAUUGCAAAUAGUUUGGGCUUCAUGUGGUUCUGUGCAGCAGGAAUGGCAUGGACCAUCAAGUGGAGGGAGACAGGAGACUUGCUGAGGGGAGAGGUGCCCCUGAACUGAGCUGGAAAGGCAAACGGCACCACCGAGCAGGCGGCAAGCCUGCCUGGGCUCUCCAGGCUGAUGAUGGGCAGACAUGGGCCCGAGG